CACGGGCUUCCCUUGAAAAGUUAGUCCUUUGAGAUACGUUUCGAAACGACAAUUUUCUAUCCUGAAAAUACGAAUUGAGACGAGAAUGUGUGCGAAGUGCAGUUAGGUACCGUUUUUUUCCUAUUUUCCUCCUCGAAACCUCCUGCGUCCGCGUCUAAUGAAAGCAAAAACAGUGGGUCUUACUGGGUGUCUCAUAGAGCUCGCUCAUCGUAUGUUGAGACAAACGUCAAUCUCCGAUUAGCUCCGAAUUCGCACCGCUCAACAGGUUAAUACAUGUAGUCAGGUGGCACCACUGGUGAAUGGUGACAUAAACAAUCCUUUGACAUUUGUCUCAAUUUUGUGAUAUCUCAUGUUUCAUUGUAAGUUCCAGAUCAAUCUCAAGAACCUAAGUAGCCUCUUGUAACAAGAAUCUUUCUUGGAAGCACUGAUAUUCCCUCAAGCUCGUCAAAAUCUUCUCAUCAGUCACUUGUAGAAUCGAUCAACAUAACCUCUCUUCAUCAUCAUGCCGAAGAUAGUCUCCCGCAGCAUCGUGUGUUCUGAUACCAAAGAUCAAGAAGAAUAUAGUGAAGAAAAGCCACUGCACAUAUAUUAUUGUCUCUGCGGACAGAUGACUUUAAUUUUGGAUUGUGCAAUAGAAAAACUGCCGCUGCGGAAGAAGGAUGGUGCCAGAGUUAUUGAUGGCAGUAAGCAUGCCCACAAAAUCACCUGUGACCAAGAAGAAGCUGUUUAUUUGAAGAGGCCAGAAGGAGUAGAAAAGCAGUAUCGAAGAAAAUGCAAGAAAUGCGGUCUAUUGCUGUACUACUACUUUGAUCCGAAGAGUAACAUCAACUUCAUCGUGAAGGGGGCUAUUGUGAAGAGCUCCGGUGAGGGCCCCAAGAUGGACAUCUACAAUCAGGUGGCAGUUGAACAACCCAAGAAAAUCAUGGUUACCAAACAUACCAAGAACAUGGGCAAAUUCAGUUCGGUCACUGUAUCGACUAUUGAUGAAGAGGAGGAUGAAAUUGAAGCUCGGGAAAUAGCAGACUCUUAUGCAAACAAUGCUCGAAUCAUUGAGAAACAAUUGGAGCGAAAAGGUAUGAACAAGCGAAAGCAAGUUGAGCAGCAGACCCAAGCAGAAAUUGAUGCCAAACGGAAUCGAGUCCGCGGGACUCUUAUUGAUAAGUGAAACCUCCUUAAAAUUUGAUUUGAAAGAAGAUCCCUUUGUGAUUUGGUGUGAGAGCUAAUAUGAUGACGGUAUCUUCAACGUUUUCAGUACUUUUCACACUUAAAUUGGUAUGCUUUCGCUAAAUAGCAGAAACCUUCAAGGCACUAUAAGUGGGGGCCUGCGAAAGCAUUCUGAAAACAGAGGAAGUCUCAAAGAUCCCUCACCUUAAGAAUUCCUAAUAUGUCACAAUGAGAACCAUUUUCUCAGAUACUCGCUCAGAACACUAAAGUUGUGUUGCGCUGUAUCAAAAUUUGUGUUAUGUUAAUCCUUUUCAAGAGUUCUACUUUUCCAACGGUACCUUCACAAGGACAUAAAAUGGUUAUAAUUAUCAGAAGCCAUCAGGAUCAUAGAAUAGUCGUGGGUCCACACUAUUUGGUGGGGAAUUCCUGGGAAAUCGUCACCCAAAAUGAGGCUUGAUAUUAUUUAUAAAUCCAUUUUCCGAUUAGUCCUCAAUAUCUUAAAAUCCUUAAUAGCUGAUCUGUGUUGUGAAAAUUUCGCAUAAAGUGUCAUUACUGUGCUCAAUAGUUUUCAAAUUGUUGAGUUUAUUUUGCAACCUUUAUUACCAACAUAAGGAAGAAAAUAAAAUAUUAUGUUUUAUAGAAAA